GUGCUCCUCCGCAACUGAUAACGUCCAUUUUGAUCAGUGGCAGUGUCAUUUUGAUCCGACUUCUUUUUGUACACUGUCAUUUUGCCUUUUCCUCCAUAUUCUUACCUUCUUCCAUUUUCUCUUCAAGCUUCCAUUUUACAGUGCCAUAGUCUUCCAUGGCUUCCAUUUUCUCUUCAAGUAGCUUUCAUCUUGGUUUUAAGACCAAAAAAAUGGCAUGCAGCUACAAGAUUGAUAGUACUUGUGCAUCUACUCAUCAGUUCCCGCGGUUUUCGCUCCGCCGCGAUGGUCCAAUGGACUCCCCACUCAGAAUGUUUGCUGCCAACCGAGCUUAUUCAGAUGCUGCUGAUUCUGCUCCAGAGAAUUUAGAUGAGAAGACCCCUUACAUUCCCAUAUAUGUCAUGCUACCGUUGGGCAUCAUAAACAUGGAAGGUGAGUUAGUGGAUGCCGACAAUCUCUUCAACCAACUAAAAAUGUUGAAAUCAUCCAAUGUUGAUGGCGUCAUGGUCGACUGCUGGUGGGGGAUCGUAGAGAGGCGUGCUCCUAAGGAAUACAAUUGGAGUGGCUACAAAAAGCUUUUUGAGAUUGUUCGAGAUCUUGGUCUUAAACUACAGGUGGUUAUGUCCUUCCACGAGUGUGGAGGCAAUGUGGGAGACGAUAUUCAUAUUCCGAUUCCUCAAUGGGUUCAAGAAAUUGGUUACGAGAACCCUGACAUAUAUUUUACGGAUAAAGAAGGCCGAAGAAACCAUGAGUGCCUUUCUUGGGGUAUUGAUGCAGAAAUGGUCUUAAAUGGGAGAACUCCACUUGAGGUUUACUCUGAUUAUAUGAGAAGCUUCCGCCUCGAAUUCGAUGACUUCUUUGCUAGACGAGUUAUCUCAGAAAUAGAGAUAGGACUUGGUCCAUGUGGAGAACUCCGAUACCCUUCGUAUCCGGCAAAAUUCGGGUGGGAGUAUCCCGGAAUUGGGGAAUUUCAGUGUUAUGACAAGUACUUGAUCAAGAGCCUCCAAAAGGCAGCAGAGGCAUGGGGAAAUUCAGCUUGGGGUAAAGCACCCGAGAAUGCAGGUUCUUAUAACUCAAAACCACAAGAAACUGGGUUUUUUUGUGAUUUUGGAGAGUACAAUGGAUUUUAUGGUAGGUUCUUCUUGCACUGGUACUCGCAAAUUUUAAUCAAUCAUGGCGAUCGAGUACUUGGCUUGGCAGCUUUGGCAUUUAAGGGCACUCCAAUAGCAGCAAAGGUAUCAGGAAUUCAUUGGUGGUACAACACUAAAAGCCAUGCAGCUGAACUAACAGCUGGCUUUUACAACAGUGGCAAUUUUACUGGCUAUUCUGCAAUUGUGUCAAUGUUAAAGAAGCAUGGGGCAGCUUUGAAUUUUACAUGUCUCGAAUUGCGCACGGUUGAUCAGGAACGGGAAUUUCCAGAAGCAUUAUCUGACCCGGAAGGAUUAGUUUGGGAGGUGCUAAAUGCUGCAUGGGAAGUCAAGAUACCAGUUGCGGGUGAGAAUGCACUGCCGUGUUACCAUAGGGAAGGUUACAACAAGAUUUUGCAAAUUGCCAAGCCUAUGAAUGAUCCAUUUGGCAGACACUACUUAUCUGCCUUUACCUACCUCAGGCUUAGCCCAACUCUACUGGAGAAACACAACUUCAUAGAGUUUGAAAGAUUUGUACAAAAGAUGCAUGAUAAGUAGAAGCAUUGAGGAUUUACUGAAAGUUUAAUGUGCAACUAUCCGGAAGAAGAUGUUAAAAAAUUAGACAGAUUUGUUUUGUGUAGACAGCCAUCUUGUUUGACUACUCUGCUUUGUAUGUAGAGAUACUUGUUCUAGAGUUGCACUUCAUGUAGUCUUAAGUUUUCUAAUAUUAGUAUUAGAAUGGUAUUUGGCAGACGUUUUUAAG